GAUCAAUGUCGCGAUGAAUGUCGGUAUCGUGUUGCGUGUACAUUAUAAAGGAGGACACAAUAGGGUCUAUUCGAGACCAGUAUACUCUAGCUCGUAUCUGGAUCUCGAGCCUCAGCCCAUCGACGCAAAGUCAAUUAGCAAAAUUCUCAUAACAACUCCUUAAUGCUGGAACUACCGAUUUAAUACGAUUAAUAUAAAGUCAUUGUGACUUACGGUAAUUCUAGUGUUUCAGUCCAGACAUCUAUGGUAUUCAAGUGACACUAUUUCAAGUCAUUUAAAUAUUCAAUACUCAAGCGUCAAUUACGAAACAAGAAAACGACAUUGUGAGUUGCAGUAGUUCCAGCGUUAACCCAGAAGUCACACUAUUCUCUAACCAAUAAGCUCAGAAAUAAAUUGCGCAGGUCAGUUGCUCAACCGUCAGGUUCACGGUGACUCAAACGCACAUAGAAAAAAGGCCGUAAGGCCCACGCGCCGGUGAGUAACGAUCGAAGUGGCGAAGAGGAACGACAAGAGCCAUACAUCAUCGACAGUGAAAACGGCCGGGAGAAGAGGCACAGUUCUACACGUGCAGAGAGAGAGGACAUAAUUCGUCGGCGGGAAAGGGGUGGGGAGGGCCGGGCAGCUUUAUUCUAAUUAUCGAGUGAGUGAGUGAAAGGGACUUGUAUCGGUCGCCCAACAAGGUGGUGGGGCUGGGUUGUGAUGAGCCGGGUGCCUUCGUGUCGCUCGUGAACUCGUGCACGUCGUAGUACACGAGUAGUACGAAAAGACGUUUCGUGCCGUGACGUCAGCACGUGUUUCGUUGCUCGGGUCGCUGCGAGUCGCCGAUCGCGAUAAGAAAAUUUCUCUCGCAGUUACGGCAGUGAUCGUGUGUGUCUGAACAGUCACGCGUGUGUUGUUUGCACUCACGCACGCACGUUGUCCGAGCCUCUCAGUGCCUGCGGUUCGUAUUCCCGAGGAACACGUUUGCGAUCGUCAGUGGCACCGCGUGCGAUAGCAGGUAGUCGGGACGUCGACCAACCGCCAUUAUUGUUGUCAAGAUGGCGUCGAAAGGGAAGCUAUCAGCCGAGCAUGGCCGCUCAGACUCGUACAGGGUCGCGACGUUGCCUAAAAUUCGCGACGACAACAAAACGGCAGACGGGAUGUUCAAGUCGCGGCGGAAGAACCCAAAGCGGAAGACAGACAAUUUAGAGGACUUGAAGCAGGAGUUAGACAUUGACUUCCACAAAAUCACACCCGAAGAAUUGUAUCGGAGAUUUCAGACGCACCCCGAGAACGGCCUCAGCUACGCGAAGGCGAAGGAGAACCUCGAGAGGGACGGCCCGAACGCGUUGACGCCGCCGAAGCAGACCCCGGAAUGGGUGAAGUUCUGCAAGAACCUGUUCGGCGGUUUCGCGUUGCUGCUGUGGAUCGGCGCGAUCCUCUGUUUCAUCGCGUACUCGAUCCAGGCGUCGACCAGCGAGGACCCGAACGACGACAAUCUCUACCUGGGCAUCGUGCUGGCCUCGGUCGUGAUCGUGACCGGCAUAUUCUCCUACUACCAGGAAAGCAAAUCCAGCAAGAUCAUGGAGUCGUUCAAGAGUAUGGUGCCGCAACAGGCGACCGUGAUCAGGGAGGGCGAGAAAUCGAUGGUCAAAGCGGAGGCGUUGGUGCUCGGUGACGUAGUCGAGGUGAAGUUCGGAGACCGUAUACCGGCGGACAUCCGUAUCAUCGAGUCACGUGGCUUCAAGGUGGACAACAGCUCGCUGACCGGCGAGUCCGAGCCGCAAUCGAGGUCUCCAGAGUUCACGAACGAAAACCCGCUCGAAACGAAAAAUCUCGCGUUCUUCUCGACCAACGCCGUUGAGGGCACCGCAAAGGGGGUGGUGAUUUGCUGUGGCGAUCAGACGGUGAUGGGCAGAAUCGCUGGUCUAGCGUCCGGCCUUGAUACCGGUGAGACACCGAUCGCUAAGGAGAUCCACCACUUCAUCCACCUGAUCACAGGCGUCGCCGUGUUCCUCGGAGUCACCUUCUUCAUUAUCGCUUUCAUUCUGGGUUACCAUUGGCUGGACGCGGUCAUCUUCUUGAUUGGAAUCAUCGUGGCUAACGUACCCGAAGGUUUGCUCGCGACCGUAACCGUAUGCCUGACCCUCACCGCGAAACGCAUGGCGUCGAAGAACUGCCUGGUAAAGAAUCUGGAGGCCGUCGAGACCCUCGGCUCAACAUCCACCAUCUGCUCGGACAAGACCGGCACCCUCACGCAGAACCGUAUGACCGUCGCGCACAUGUGGUUCGACAAUCAGAUCAUCGAGGCGGACACCACCGAGGAUCAAUCCGGCUUGCAGUACGACCGCACCAGUCCCGGCUUCAAGGCGUUGGCCAAGAUCGCCACCCUCUGCAACCGCGCCGAGUUCAAGCUGAAGGAGGAGGAGAAGCCGAUCUUACAGAGAGAGGUGAACGGCGACGCUUCCGAGGCCGCUCUGCUGAAGUGCAUGGAACUCGCUCUGGGCGACGUGAUGGGCAUCAGGAAGCGCAACAAGAAAGUCUGCGAGAUACCGUUCAAUUCGACGAACAAGUACCAAGUAUCCAUCCACGAGUCGGACAACCCGGACGAUCCUAGGCAUCUGUUGGUGAUGAAGGGAGCGCCGGAGAGGAUCCUCGACCGUUGCGCGACCAUUUUCAUCGGCGGCAAAGAGAAGGUGCUCGACGAGGAGAUGAAGGAGGCGUUCAACAACGCGUACCUCGAAUUGGGCGGUCUCGGCGAGCGUGUGCUCGGUUUCUGCGACUACGUCCUGCCGUCCGACAAGUUCCCGAUCGGCUUCAAGUUCAACUGCGACGACCCCAACUUCCCGGUCGACGGACUCCGCUUCGUGGGCCUGAUGUCUAUGAUCGACCCGCCGAGGGCUGCGGUGCCCGACGCGGUCGCCAAGUGCCGGUCAGCCGGUAUCAAGGUCAUCAUGGUAACCGGUGACCAUCCGAUCACUGCCAAAGCCAUUGCCAAAUCUGUCGGCAUCAUCUCUGAAGGUAACGAAACCGUCGAGGACAUCGCCAAACGUCUGAACAUCCCCGUGUCCGAAGUGAAUCCUCGCGAGGCCAAGGCUGCCGUCAUCCACGGAACCGAACUCAGGGAACUGAACUCCGACCAACUGGACGAGAUCCUCAGGUACCACACCGAAAUUGUGUUCGCCCGUACCUCGCCACAGCAGAAGCUCAUCAUCGUCGAAGGCUGCCAGCGAAUGGGUGCUAUCGUCGCUGUAACUGGUGAUGGUGUGAACGACUCUCCCGCGCUGAAGAAGGCCGACAUCGGCGUCGCCAUGGGUAUCUCCGGCUCGGACGUGUCGAAACAGGCCGCCGACAUGAUCCUGCUCGACGACAACUUCGCAUCGAUCGUGACUGGCGUCGAGGAGGGCCGCUUGAUCUUCGACAACCUGAAGAAAUCCAUCGCGUACACCCUGACCUCGAACAUCCCCGAAAUCUCACCCUUCCUGGCGUUCAUCCUUUGCGAUAUCCCCUUACCUCUCGGCACUGUCACAAUCCUGUGCAUCGAUCUGGGAACGGACAUGGUGCCGGCCAUCUCGCUAGCUUACGAGGCACCGGAGUCGGACAUUAUGAAACGGCAGCCCCGCGAUCCUUACAGAGACAAUCUUGUCAACCGAAGGCUUAUUUCGAUGGCGUACGGUCAGAUCGGUAUGAUCCAAGCGGCCGCCGGUUUCUUCGUGUACUUUGUGAUCAUGGCUGAGAACGGGUUCCUGCCUCUGCAUCUUUUCGGUAUCCGAAAAAUGUGGGACUCCAAGGCUAUCAAUGAUCUCCGCGACAGCUACGGACAGGAAUGGACAUACAGGGAUCGCAAGACGCUGGAGUUCACCUGCCACACGGCCUUCUUCGUCUCGAUCGUAAUCGUACAGUGGGCCGACUUGAUCGUAUGUAAGACGCGACGUAACUCCAUCUUCCACCAGGGAAUGAAAAACUGGGCCCUGAACUUCGGUCUGGUGUUCGAGACCGCCCUCGCCGCGUUCCUAAGCUACACGCCCGGCAUGGACAAAGGUCUCCGCAUGUUCCCUCUCAAAUUCGUCUGGUGGCUGCCCGCCCUCCCCUUCAUGUUCGCCAUCUUCAUCUACGACGAGACGAGACGAUUCUACCUCCGCCGGAAUCCGGGUGGCUGGCUCGAGCAAGAAACUUACUACUAGACGCAAAACGGAGAAUUAAUCAUACACGCAGAGCGCGCGCGCAAGAGUAAGAGCGAGAGAUUGCAGAGAGAAUGAUGACGAGAGAGAAUGUGAGACGCAUACCCACGCAGAUAUACAACGUGAACUAAA